CUCUAAUUCCGCGUAUCGGGUUUGACUGAAGGUUUCCUCCUUCAAUGAACUACUUUGGAAAGAGAGAACCAUCCAAUCCCAGCUGCAGGGAGGAGGAGCCUUCUCGGAAUCGCUCCCCACGCCACCCCUCCUUCCACCUGACGUCAUGCGCGAGCGGCCGGUCCGUCGCGAGACGCGAAGAUGUGGACGGGCGCGGUAAUAUAAACUGGCGGCCAGCCGCUCUCGGAAGGUGAACCUCUGGUCGUUUUUUAAUCGCGAUGCGGCGGCUCGGAGAUGUGAGGUCGGAAUCGGGCCGCCUGCAGCUCCUUGUGCUCGUUUGCGCUCAUCUUUGCUCCAUCACAGGUUGCCUGUUCGUGACAGAUUAUUUCACCCGGACACCUCGCAAGCUGAAUGCUUUCCGCUCAUUCGCCAGCGUGGAGCUCUUCCACUUCACCGUGCCUGAUGACACUGUUGUUGCCGUCUGGAACCUCAUCACAUUUAAGGAGCAAGGAGGAACAUUUGGAGACAACUGUCCUGACCGCAACGUGACAGUGUAUUUUAGGUCGGGAGCACCGCCAGUCAUCAACCCCUUGAACACCCGUUUCCCGAAGGACACCAUAGUCCCAGGGUCCUUUGCUGUCACGCUGACAUGGACGCUGCCCAACCGUACCACCGGUGUGUUCAAUGUUACCAGUCCUCUCCCUGGAGACUGGUUCUUGGCUGCACAUCUGCCAAAGGAUGAAGGGAAAAUCUCUGUCAAGGGUCUUCAUGAAGAAUGUCAGUACCUCUUCCAGCCUCAGCUUAUAGUCCAGAGGCUUAUUGGGAUUUCAGUGCUCUACCCUGGCUACUUCAUAGACCAGAUGAUUCCAGGUCACAACAGAUCUGUUCUCUACAAAGUAUUUAUCCCCAGCUACAUAUCUUCAGUAAAGGUUCAGCUGGUGGACUGCAACACCCGGAACAGGAGCACUGAGAGCUGCCCAGUUCUGUUGAAGUUGCGAGCUAGAGCUCCACCAGUCCACAACUCCAGUGCUGUGGAUUGCAGAGAGAACAUGCCAUGUGAGCUGGAGGUGCCACUGCUUUCUUGGGAGCAAUGGUACUACAUUCUGGUGGAGCGCUACCUUAGCACCGCAGAUGUCUACUUCCGAAUUGGUGUACAGGUGAAAGACUGCUCCAAGCCGAGCAUCACUAAAGGCUCAUCUGCCAUGAACAUGCCCCAGUCAUUUGGCACAGCGAUGGGUUUUUCUCUGUCGGAAACACUGCCGGCUGCCAGCUUGCCCAACCUGGCACGGAACAGCUCAGAUCAGAGUCCACUGCUGAAGGCUGAGAACAGCAUCAUCUACUUGGCUCCCACAGCUGACACCAAUAAGUGCUGGCCAAUACGACCUACAUUACGCAAUGAGUUGGAUACCUUCUCUGUGCACUUCUAUAUUUUCUUUGGGCCCAACAUCUCUAUUCCUCCAGACCGGGCAGCGGUUUUCGCCAUUAAUCUCAUGCCAGUCCUGGACAGCGGAGGGGUUCUUAACAUGGAGCUCAAACUCAAUGUGUCAUCAGUUAAAGGGGAGAAUAUUACAGUAUUUGGCUGUCUGCAUCAUGGAAUGCCUCUGGCCCUUCGAGACAACUCCUCCGUCAAGUGCGAGUCUGAGUCAGUUUCUGGAUUCCUUUUGUCCGUGAACACCACUACAAACAUCACCAAGCUACGAAUCCCCUACCCCCAGACUGGCACCUGGUUCCUCAGCCUCCGAUCUCUACGUUCCACAGAGCAUGGGUUUGAGGCGUGCACUAAUAUAACAGCAGAAGUUUAUCUUCGCUCCUAUCUGACCCCAUGCAUCAAUGACUGUGGUACUUACGGCCAGUGCAAACUCCUCCGCACCAAUAACUACUUGUACGCUGCAUGCGAGUGCAAAGCAGGUUGGGAAGGCUGGGGCUGUACAGACAACACAGAAGCUUAUUCAUAUGGAUUUCAGCUACUGUCUACGCUACUGCUCUGUCUGAGUAACCUGAUGUUCGUGCCACCAGUGGCUAUCGCCAUUCGUAGCCAUUACUUGCUCGAGGCCUCCGUCUACAUCUUUACAAUGUUCUUCUCUACUUUCUACCAUGCUUGUGAUCAACCGGGCAUUGUAGUGUUCUGCAUUAUGGAGUAUGACGUCCUACAGUUCUGUGAUUUUCUCGGCUCCCUCAUGUCCGUCUGGGUUACGGUUAUUGCCAUGGCCAGACUUAAAUCCAUCAUUAAGCAGGUGCUGUACCUGCUAGGGGCUAUGUCUCUGUCUAUGGCUCUUCAGCUGGACCGUCAUGGCCUGUGGAACCUUCUAGGCCCCAGCCUUUUUGCCUUGGGUAUAAUGGCUAUUGCCUGGACCGUUCGCACCAUCCGACGGCGCCGCUGCUACCCUCCAACGUGGAAACGCUGGAUCUUUUUCCUGCUCCCAGGCACCACCAUUGCCACUUCAGCCGUGGCACUCUAUGCCUUCGUAGAGACUGAAGAGAACUACUUCUACAUUCACAGCAUCUGGCACAUGCUGAUCGCAGGCAGCGUAGGUUUCCUGCUGCCACCCCGUGCCAAGCCAGACGCCAAGGUGACGCCGAUGAGGCGCCAGCGUGGAUGCGGGUACCAGCUCUGCGUCAACGAGCACGAGGAGAUGGGCCUUGUCGACCCAGCCAUCAUCACCAUCAACAGUAUCUGCACCAGCUGAUGACUCCUUUGGAAAUGAAAAAAAAAAACAAAACAAGGAAAACAAAGCCAGAGAACUUGUCACACUGUAAAUAAGAUCUGAGAGGACACGUAUAAACACUUUUGCUGUUUUUACUUGACUUUUGUUUUGUUUUGUUCAUAUCGGGAAACUCUACAGUGAUGUGUUGCACUGAUGUUAGUGAACACGGUAUGUAAUGAAAUCUGACUACUCACAUACACUUGAAUUUUUUUUUGUUUUGUUUAAUCAUUAUUAUUUCAGUGGGUAAUUGAUGCUUGGAUUUCUGCUCUAUUUGCCAUUUUGCAUUCUUGAUAUGUCCAGAUGGAUUGCAGUGGUUACAGUGUUGCACUGCUGUUUGUGAACAUGGUACUGUUUUAAAGAUGAACAUUGCUGCUGCUAUAACAGUGACUGUAAAAAAAAAUGUGUCAUGUGAUUAUUUAUUGCUGUCUGAAAUCUGAAAAGACCAAAAGUUCUACUGGAGUUGACAUUAGAGAAGCGACAUAAUAGAAGUAUUUAUGAAGGAACAGAUUUUGAUUCCUUUCUCUCUCUCUCUCUCUCUCUCUCUCUCUCUCUCUCUCUCUCUCUCUCUCUCUCUCUCUCUCUCUCUCUCACACACACAUCACAAAAC